AUGAAGUAUCUCAGCACCCUUUCGUUGCUGGUAGCUGGUGCCGUUGCCCAGCAGGUUACUUUCCAAAACUCGUCCUCUACCAUCCUUCGGGUUGAUAAUGGAACCUAUGGUCCUGAAAUUGAAGAGUACCAUUACUACUACGAUCAAUGGCCGAUUGGUCUUGCCAUCUCAUCGACUGGACGUUUCUUCGUAUCCUACACCCGUGGAGACUACGAGUAUACUGUAGGGGAGGUGGUUAACAAGACGGCUGAGAAGCCCUACCCAUCUCAAGAUCUUCAGCUGCCUCUUGACAGCCUGAACAUGACAUGGAAUGGCAUCGCAUUUGGCAGUGGAAACAGUUCUGCAUUCGUAUCUGUCCAAGCUCUCUACAUCACACCCGAGACCUCUACACGACCAGAGACACUCUGGAUCCUGGAUACCGGAAGACCUACUGUGCACAAUGCGGCUGGAGAUCCCAGUAUGCCCUACGCCCAACCUGGCGGACCAAAGCUCAUGGCCAUCUCACUUGCCAACGAUACGAUUUACAAGACGUACACCUUCCCUAGUACGGUCCACUACCCUGAUUCAUACCUCAACGAUCUUCGCUUCGACUUGAGAGCCAACGUAUCCGGUACCUCUGGAGAAGGCAUUGCCUACCUCGUCGACAGCAGUAACGAAGGGCGCACGGGAUUUAUCAUGGUGGACCUCGCAACCGGCGAUUCAUGGCGCAGACUCAACCAGGACCACAGUGUCUUGCGCGUUCCCAACGAUGUACCCACCUACUUCGGCAAGCCAUUCUACUUCCGCCAACUCGGACAGCCCAUUAGUUGGCAACAAGAAGGUCUCGAUGGUCUCCAGCUCUCGCCAGAUGGAAAGACAGCUUACUAUUCUCCCCUCACCUCCAAGAGCCUCUACUCCAUUCCAUCUGCCAAUCUCCGUGAAAGAGACAGCAAUCCUUUAGCAGAGAUUUGGGCUCACAGUAAUGUUUCCUCACACGGCCAGCGUGGUGGAGACGCCAAUGGCUUCGAAGGUGACAGCACUGGAAAGAUCUUCCAACUCAUUCCCGAGCAAAAUGCUGUUUACUAUUACGAUCCUAACGAUGGUCAAACACAUGGUUUGCUCAGAGAUCCUAGGAUCUUGUGGCCUGACGGUGCUACUGUUGGCGCAGAUGGUUACAUCUACAUUAACAUCAACCAGCUGCCUUACCAGCCUGAUUGGAACUUUGGCGUCGAUGGCAGAAUACAUCCUGGAGCUGUGUUGAGGGCUAAGCUCCCUGAUGGCGGUACCAAGAUCUCUACUCUUUAUUAA